AUGGGCUGCUCCUCCUCUUCUGCCCUUCACUACGGCGUCCCUCACCUUAAGGGGCCGAGCUCUGAUUGCAUCGUCCUCAGACAUGAGAAGAGUUGCUCCAAUGGAGGUAGAAAUCCACCCGAAGUUCUGACUGUCCAGCAGAAGGACAUGGUGCAAAGGUCAUGGGCGACAGUCAUGCGCAGAGACCUGACAGCCGUGGGCAUGCUUCUCUUUAAAAACUUGUUCCAGCAGGAGCCCCGCAUCAUGACUUUGUUUUCUCUCGAAGCAAGCGACGAUGAAGACCUGGAGCAGAACUUACGGCUGCGACUGCACGCGGCCCGCUUUAUGCAGGCUGUUGGGGCCGUCAUCGACAAUCUACAGACGCCCAACGACAAGCUGAGCGCCCUCCUGUCUGACAUCGGGGAGCGGCACUCCCACUUGCACUCCUUCCACCACGAGUACUUCCGGGCCUUCAGGGAGGCCUUCUUGACCACGCUGGAGCACAGUUUGGGCAAGGACCGCUUCAAGGGAGAACUGCGGGCAGCCUGGGACAGUGUCAUUGGCUUCAUGACGAGAGAAAUGAACCAUGGACACAAAGAGAUCAGAAUUUAG